AUGCUCAAUGACCAACUCGUUCGGCUCCUCUCGCUGAUGCACCUCCAUCCGUCGAACAUCGGCCGUCGGAGUCUGCUGAAAUCGACAAAGAGCCCAAAAUCGGCCAAGUUCGGCCAACUGCCCGACGCGAUCUGGGACCGUGUGCUCGACAAUCUGACGCCGUUCGAGCGCGUCAAACUGCGACGCGUCAAUCAGAAGCUGAAGGGUCUCGUCGAGAAGCGACGCCGACGCCUGUUGUACGCCGAUUUUCUGCGCACCGACGUCAACACGAUUGUCGGCGUCGGCGAGACGGCCGACGCCGACGGCGAAUUCCAUCGAAUGCCGACGGCGUCGCGAAUCGUCGCCCACGAGGAGACGCGAAGCGUUCUCAUCAUCGUCGACACCCAUUGGAGCGCCAGCGACGCCGUCCGAAUUAUGGGAGCCAUACGAUACUAUGGGGCUUUUGCGCACACGGUUACCCUCGAUGCUUCGCUGGCCGAACUCUGCGUGGCCGCCCAAUCGACAAGCGACAUCGCGUUCUGGUUCGCGUUCCAGUCGGCCAACGCCUCGUCGGAGUCAUCGGUCGGCGUCGACGCGUCGCCAAAAUGGGUUCCGGAGGCGAUGCGCGUCCAUCGUCGCGUCGACGACGUCGUCGAACGCGACCACCAACUCGCCGCCUACACCCAAUGGCGCCCUCGCACCCAACUGAUACCGUUGGGACCAUUGUUCCCAAAAGCCACCGAGUUGACGAUUCGCGCCACGAUUCCGCAACUCCGACGCCUCCGACGAUUCGGCGUCUAUCGUGUGCCGCUGACGCGAAGCCUCGUCGACGCCGACGCGAUCAACGCGUUCCGAUUGGUGAUCGCGACGAGCGGCGCCAAAAAGAAAUGCCCGCACGUCGCGCAAUCGCUGAAACUCGCCGAAUUCUUCAAAUGGGCCGACAUCUCGCGAUUGGGCCAUCGAUUCUCGAUUCAAUUCGCCUAG